AUGUCCGCAGGGGUGCAAAACAAUGUCGAUACUACCUUCCAGUGGAAUGCUUGGGCGAUCUCUAAGAGUAAUUUCCUAACUUGGAGAGCUAUUAUGGGUAAGUUGCCUACCAAAAUAGAGCUUCGGAAAAGAGGAGUUGUGCUUCCGGAUGUUAAUGGUGAUCGAUGCGGAUACGGGAUAGAAGAUGCUAACCAUGCCUUUGUAAAUUGUUUGUUGGCAAAAGGAAUAUGGUGGAGCAUUUUUGUUUGGGUCAGAGUCCCGCUGCCAAGUGAUGUUAACUCGGUGGCUAGCCUUGUUGGGAGUUUGGAUAACGCCCCCGGUUCAAAAAAAUGGAAGAAAGUGGUGGAUACUAUCUUUAAGGCGACUUUUUGGAGGAUAUGGUACGCGAGGAACCAACAAAUUUUCGAGGGGAAGUUCAUGCGGGUUCAAGAGUUGGUCGAGCAAAUCAAAGAAGACUCCUACUUGUGGUUAAAGCAUCGUUCGAAACUUCCAGCCGUGUCGUGGGAAAGUUGGUUAGAUUUCGAUAUUUCGGGUCUUUUGUAA